UGGAGGACAUCUGCUGCUGUGAACUCAGUGCACCGGCUGCUGCUGCUGCUGCUUCACUGUUUGCUUCAGCUGUGGAAACUCUGCGCUGCGUCUUUUGACCAAAACCUCACAGCGGGAGGAUGACAGAGUGAAUGCUGAGACAAACAUUUAGGUUUUUUUUGUUUUUUUUUAACUUGUGCAGGUGUAGAAGACGCAGAGAGUCUUUAAAGUCUCCAAAGCAGCUCUUCAGGAGAUGAAUUUGACUUUUUCCUCAAACCGUGAACCUGUCAGCAGACCCUGCAGAGGAGAAGAGGACUGAACACGAUGCGAACCCGAUCUCCAAGCGCCUCUGCACCCCCUGAACAUGUGCAGCGCGCUCCGGCCCGCACACACCGGCGCACCCAGCAGCAGUGACCGCGCCUGGAGCUCCGAGUCCGGCUGAAACAUGUUCAUUUUGUGGGUCCCGCUGAGUUUGUUCCUCAGCUUCAUCAUUUCCCAGACGUGGAGCGUUCAGUUGUCGUGGGAAAACUGGAACGCGGAGCAGCGGAACCGGGCGAACGAGUUCGAGAAGACGAGCACUCAGCCGCACAUCGUGUUCAUCCUGGUGGAUGAUCAGGGCUUCCGGGAUGUCGGGUACCACGGGUCAGAGAUCAAAACCCCGACUCUGGACCGGCUCGCAGCGCAGGGAGUGAAACUGGAGAAUUAUUACGUGCAGCCGCUCUGCAGCCCGUCCAGGAGCCAACUCAUGACCGGCAGGUAUCAGAUCCACACAGGCCUUCAGCACUCCAUCAUCCGAGCUACCCAGCCCAACUGCCUCCCCCUGGAAAAUGUCACCCUGCCCCUGAAGCUCAAGCAAGCGGGAUACUCCACCCACAUGGUUGGCAAGUGGCACUUGGGUUUCUACAAACGUGGCUGCAUGCCCACCCAGCGCGGCUUCGACACCUUUUUUGGCUCCCUACUAGGAAGCGGGGACUACUACAGUCACUAUAAAUGUGAAGGGCCUGGUAUGUGUGGGUAUGACUUGUAUGAAGGGGAAGAGGCAGCUUGGGAGCAGGACCGUGGCAUGUACUCAACUGUGAUGUUUACUCGAAAGGCCAUCAACAUCUUAGCCAAUCACAACCCUCGCAGACAGCCUUUGUUUCUCUACUUAGCCUAUCAGGCGGUGCAUUCUCCACUGCAGGUUCCUGCACGCUACCUCGAGCGCUACAAGGGUAUUCCAAACCUGCAUCGACGUAAAUAUGCUGCCAUGGUGUCCUGCUUGGACGAAGCCAUCCACAACCUCACGUUAGCGUUAAAACGCUAUGGAUACUAUGACAACACAGUCAUAGUGUACUCCUCAGAUAAUGGGGGCCAGCCAUUAUCAGGUGGAAGUAACUGGCCCCUGAGGGGAAGUAAAGCCACUUACUGGGAAGGAGGGAUUAGGGCGGUGGGCUUUGUUCACAGUCCACUCUUGGUGAACAAAGGGACAAAGUGUCGAUCUUUGGUACACAUCACUGACUGGUUCCCCACAUUGGUGACGCUGGGCGAGGGGACUCUAGAUGAAGAUCUAAAUCUGGAUGGGUAUGAUGUCUGGGAGGCCAUCAGUGAAGGACGGCCAUCUCCUCGUCACGACAUUCUCCACAACAUUGAUCCAAUCUACAUCAAAGCCAAGAACGGUUCAUGGAAAGCCGGGUACGGGAUAUGGAACACUGCCGUUCAGGCUGCGAUCCGGGUCGGUCAUUGGAAGCUCCUGACGGGUGUCCCUGGUUACAGUGACUGGGUGCCACCUCAGACUUUCUCCAACCAGCGGUUAACCAAUCGCUGGCAUAAUGAACGUGUUCGCUGGGACCGUGGUAAAUCCGUCUGGCUCUUCAACAUCACGGCUGACCCUUAUGAAAGGGUGGACUUGUCUCAGCGUUACCCUCACAUAGUGAAAAAGAUGCUAUUGCGGCUAGCGCAAUACAACAAGACUGCAGUGCCCGUACGCUACCCAUCUAAAGACCUGCGGUCCAACCCUCAGUACAAUGGAGGCGUUUGGGGACCAUGGUACAAAGACUCGAAGGAGGAGCAGGAGGUGGAUGAGAGAUACAAUUACUUGUUUAAUAACCAUCUUGGAAAAAGAAGGUGGAAAAAUAAAUCAAUGAACAGAAAGUUGAAAAGGAAGGUAUAAGAAUAACCUACCAGAUGUUUGAAAGACUGUGAAAGACAGCUGUCUUUUUCUCAGGGAUGGACACUUCCUGUUUUAGGAUUGUCCUCUUCAGACUCUCCAACUCCAGUAGUUUGACCUUAACUGCAGUUUAUACUGUAUUAGCAACAGUGCAGGUGGACCUUUUUUAGAUGCCUCAAGUAGAGCCCGACUGAUAUAUCUGUAGGCCGAUAUUUUCUGCCGAUAGUGGCCUAUAAGAUACAUGGUUGUUGGCCUUCAUGUUUCCUGAUAUCUGCCUCAGUAAAAAUGUUUCGCUUAAGCCUGGCAUACUCUAAAAGAUUUGAGAAUUCGAACAGAUGUGAGAGAGCCCACACUUGAAGACAGAUCCUGAUAGAUUUAAAGACCAAAACAGCACACACUUAACAGAUUAAUUCACCAACAGCCGGAGUCCUGACUCUCAAAACUCAAAAUCCAAUUAAAUGUGAAUUUAGAGUAAAUAAACAUGGCCGACGAUGGGGAGAAAGAGUCUGCCAUAAUUCACAUAGAAAGAAAAAAGUAUGGAUGAAGCUGUGAGAUGGUGUAAACAUACUCUACAUGUUAGAGCAAGAGCUGGAGGCGAGUAAAAGUUGAUUUGCUGUGGCCAAAGUGCUUCCUUCUUCAGUGCUUAAGUCUUGCUUCUCAGUUCACAGAGUGCGGGCCCUGCUGUCCUCGGGGUUCCCCCCACACAACAAGAGAUCGAAUCAUAAAUAUUAAACAUGUUCAAUAUUUUCAGGGCAGCCACGCUGUUCUUCCGAGCAGAUCGGAUCACUCUUAACAGACCUUACCCUACAGGAAAAUCUGACAAGCUAAACUUUAGAGACAUCAAAAAACAUCAGGAUUUUGUUUAGUUUUGUCAGAGGGCCCAUCAGAGCUGGACAGCCCACACAGUCCCUUGUAUAGUCAAAUUAGUUCAAAUUGUGGAUUUUCGCAACAAUUUAGAGCUAAUUCAGAAAGUGUGCUGUCCAGCUCUGAUGUGACUUCUGACAAAACUAAACAAAAUCCUGAUGUUUUUUCUCCAAAGUUUCACUUGUCAGAUUAUCCUGUAGGUUGCGGUCUGUUUAGAGUUAUUCAGGGUUACUCAUGAUAGGAAUACAUGAUAUGAUAAGACAACAAAAUGAUAAAUCACAAUAUCUGACUCACAGAAGAAUAUGAAAUUCCCAUAAAAAAGGUUGAACGCAGGAUUAAAGGCAGGGUUGGUAAUUUUUGAAAACUAGCAUGAUUUUGAAAGUAGCAUUCCCUCUGCUGGUAAGGAACGAGC